AUGGCAUCCGGGUAUGCAGAUUCCGGGCGCUACGAUCCAGAAUCUGUUCCUCAAGGAUCUGGUGACGCUGGCGGCCCGACCAGCCCUUAUUCUUUUCUUUCUUUUCUGUUCGAGAAAGGGCGGAUCUAUCGCUACCUGACCGCCGGUAUGCCGCGGGUCAAGCGGGUCGAGUUCGAGCAGUACUACCGCUGGGUCAUCGAGUCGUUGGGCAAUCUCGAGUUUGGCCGCAACAUCGAGUCGGUGAGUUACGACGGCGACAGCCUGAUGGUCGAUCUCGGCGACGAGCAGGUCACUACCCGCCAUCUGGUUCUCGGCACUGGCUUGACCCCGCGGGUGCCUGAUUUCGCUUUACCCUACGAGGGCUCGACGGUCGUGCAUUCGAGCCGUUUUCUCGACCAAAGCCGUGAGCUGGCCGGGAAACGGAUCGCGAUCGUCGGCGGUGGUCAGAGUGGUGCCGAGAUCUUCCAGCACCUGGUGGCCGACAGCGCGAACUUGCCGGCAGAAGUGAUGUGGAUCACCCGGCGUCCGAAUCUGAUGCCGCUCGACGACUCGCCCUUCGUCGAGGAGAUCUUCACGCCGUCCUACAGCGACUACUUCUUUGCCUUGCCGAGCGAGCAGAAGGAACGCCUGUUGGCUUUCCAUCGGAUGGCCAGUGACGGUAUUUCCGCCAACCUCUUGAUGUCGAUCUACAACCGACUCUACGACCUGGAGUUCAACGAGGGCUGUGACCGGUUGUGGCGGUUGUACCCGGAGUCGGAGGUCGAGGCGAUGGAGCCCGGCCCGGCGGGCUGGCGCUUACAGCUCACCGAGCGCCAACCGGACUGCCAGAGACUCCUAGAUGUCGACUUGGUGCUUCUGGCCACCGGUUUCGAGCAUAAGAUCCCGGCCUUUCUCGACCCGCUGCGCUCGCGGCUCGAGUUCGAUGGCGAUCACUUCAAGGUGCGGGGAGAUUUUUCGAUUGCUUGGGACGGUGCAGCACGCAACAAGAUAUUCGUCCAGAACGCGGCUCGCCAUAGCCGCGGCUUACCUGAUCCAAACCUUAGCCUGAUGGCCUGGCGCAGUGCCAAGAUCGUCAACAGUCUGGCCGGUCGCCAGGUCUACGAUGUCAGCGAGCAGAGUUCGGUGUUCGAUUGGCAGAGUUCGCUAGUGCGGCAACCGAUGUCUAUGGCCGGGCAAGAUCCAUAG